AUGCCUCACUGUGGACCAUCCUUUGCAGUUCCCUCUUGUGCCUCCGCUCCAGCCAUUGGCUUUGGAUCUGCAGGUCUUGGCUAUGAUGGACUCCACUCUGGCAGAUUCACCGGAGCUGGGUCUCCAUCCUUUGCCAUUCCAUCGGGUGCCUCUGCUCCAGCUGUCGGCUUUGGAUCAGCAAGUUUUGGUCGUAACAUCGGGGUACCCUCCGCUAGCCUGGGCAUUCUCCCUGGCAUCCACCCUUCCUGCAUCAACCAGAUCCCACCUGCAGAAGUUGUGAUCCAGCCACCUCCCGUGGUCAUGACCCUCCCAGGACCCAUCCUCUCUGCUACCGGGGAACCAGUUUCUGUAGGAGGCCACACUCCAUGUGCCGUUAGUUAUGGAGGACCCGGCAGAGUGGUUUCUGGUGGUAGUUUUGGUUCUCUUGGAGGUCGUUUGGGGAGCUCCUGGGGCCGCAGAGGCAGUCUCAUCCCAUGGCGCAGAGGCAGCUGCUCCCCCUGCAUUUGA